AUCUUCAUCCUAAUUUAUCCCCAAAAAUACAUGGAUUUUUCGAUUAAUUUCUUCACCGAAGGAAAGGAAUCAACGGUCUAUGCUUCGCCAAAGGAAAGUGUCAAAGAUUCUGCCGAUCUCUCUACAAUUAGAUGCCGAUUCGGCCAAUCUUCUUCAGAUCCAUGUCCGUCGCUCUGCAUCUUAUCAAAUAUUCCGCCAAUCUCUCUGCAACUCGAUUCUUUACCAACUAAAAAAAGGCAAAAUUAGCACUUGGGAUUCGGUGGAUGAGAGUCUUCGUAGUGAACUUGAGUUUUGCUUCAAUCAACAAAUAGCUUGGGCUUCUCAUCUAUGGUUGCAGGUAGACAUGACGUUGCAGGUGUCAACCCUAGAGAGCAGUGACGAUGGGAGAUGGGCAGCGCUCAGACGAGUUCAUAAUUAUUUUCAUUUACUCAAUUAAUCAUUUGGGCAUGAACCCACCCUUGUCGUUUAUUUAAUUUGGACUGAACUUACUUAUUUACUUCCGCAUUUACUCUGCAUUUAUGUCAUACACGUUUUGGGGGUAACUCCCUAGCAUUUAUUCCACUAAUUAAAACUCAACCGUUUCC